AUGGGGCUGGACAUGCUGGUGGUCAUUCUUGGCAUGUUGGGGACAACUGUUGGACUCUGGGUUUACAUCCUGGUUUCCAAAGAGACCCCAGACGACAUGCAGGCGCUGUCCCAUGCCAGCCAGACCGCCCCAGAACCGCCCACAGAAGGUUUUCUGGCUCCAGAAGUCUGCUUGAAGGUUGACAUCAAGCUUCUAGCUGUGCAAGAACUACUUGACAGAGAAGCCUUGGAAAAGUUCUGCGCGGAGCUAAACCAGCCAAUCCUGCCCAACAUCCGCAAGUGGAAGGGGCCCCGGGGAUGCUGGAAGGCCAUGGUGGCUGAGAAGCCCUCGAGUCAGCUCCAGAAGGGGGCCGGGUACUCGGGAUUCCUGUGGGACACAUCGGCCGGCCUGGAGCUGAGAGACGCCGUCUUGCAGGCGAGCUCACCCAGCAACGGGCACGGGAAGCCUGCAGGCCCCAGCCCAUACCUCGCAUGGUUCAAGGUGGGAAGUAGUGACCUGACCCUUGUUAACCUUCACCUGGCAGCCCUGACCCUCUCAGGGGGUGAGAACCCAAGAAAGAAUCAUAGUGAUGGCCACCGACUGGCAAGCUUCGCACAGACGCUGCAGGAAACACUGAAAGGAGAAAAAGAUGUGAUUAUUUUGGGGGACUUUGGCCAAGGGCCAGACAGCAGCGACUAUGAUAUCCUGAGGAAAGAGAAAUUCCACCCCCUGGUCCCGGCACACACCUUCACCAACAUCAGCACCAAGAAUCCUCAAGGCUCCAAGUCUCUGGACAACAUCUGGAUCAGUAAAAGCUUCAAGAAGCUUUUCACAGGUCACUGGGCUGUGGUGAGAGAAGGUCUCACAAACCCUUGGAUUCCAGAUAACUGGUCCUGGGGCGGAGUGGCUUCAGAGCACUGCCCCGUGCUAGCUGAGUUCUACACUGAAAAGGACUGGAGCAGAAAGGAGGGCCCCCGGAACAGCAACGGGGUCACCUUGGAGCGAAGCGAAGCCAACAUCAAGCAUGAGCGAUGAUGACAUUAAAUGAACUUUUCCACCCUGUGACCCAGGAGGGCCCAGGCCGGGAGGUAGCCCUGCCAGCGAUGGUUCAGAGCCAGAGCUGCCUUUCAAUCUCUGUUCUCAGCGUGUCUGCACUGGGCCUCCUCCCACUGCCAUCUCCGUGGAUGUUCAGGACCUUGGGUGGGAGAGGCACACGCCAGGCACUUGCUGCACCAGGUGGUGAACUCUGAAACCCAGCCGAGACCAGUACCAUCUCUUACUCUGCAGUGCCACUGACCUCAGCAGCAUUGGGCUGACUGUACAGUGCUGAGUGGACGGGCUCGAGGGAACGGUGACCGGCUGAGAAGAACAGAGAUGGCUCAGGCCACCGAGCCCUGGCCGAGCAGGGCCAGCAGGGCUCCUUUCUGACCACCAGGAUGUUCUGCUACAGAGGGUUUUAACUGUGAUGAAGCACUCUUCUCAAAUGUUGGGAGGGGUGAUUUUUAGUUUUGAUUUAAAAAAAAAAUAAACAGAGAUUAACCUGCCUGGCUGCAGUGAGAUCGAG